CCCUGUACCCGUAAACAGAAAAAGCGCACAGCGCUAUCUAGAUAGGUUGGUACGAAUGACAGUAGUAGGUGGCAGCGAGAACUGUCACCGACGGAUGAGGAAGGAAGAGGAGAAGGGAAAGGGAAGAAGAGGAUUUGUUUACGUUCACAAAUAAAAGUUUGAACUCGCACGGAGUAGUCGCGUUUGCCCUCAAGUUUUGCGCCGCGUUUAAUUUCACCCCGUUCGAUCUGCUACAGUGGAAAACAAUUCCCCCCGGUGAUUAAUCACCCAUCCCCGCUAGUGCUCACCGCGAACCCGUCCCGCAGUGCCCAGCUGAUCGUCAAUCUUCCAGCACAGUUCGGUGUGUGCCCCCCAAAAGUGCGCCACGCUGAAAUCGUCCGAUUGGACGUCUCCCACCGGAAAACGAACCCGAACGGUGAUAAGAUCACCUGGCCCGCCGUGUGUUGCCCCCGAUCCCGCCCCCGCAGAAGUGUCCCCCAUCAUUUUGGUGCCGUGACCAGGAUAUCUCCUGGUGCGCCACGUCCCGUCCCGAAACACAACGUAGGACUUUGGAGGUUAGAUAACCUCACUUCGUGGAUCACGAGGUCGCACGUUUCUCGCACGUGCUGUCUGCUGCACUGCUCGUGCGCCGUGCCUGCCGCGCCGGAAGUCAUCGUUUGGAGUGGCUGAUUUGAUUUUUACAAGGCCUCAUUCCCAAGAGGUACCAGCCUCGUCCAUUCGUCCACGUGUGCCGCCCCGGAAGUGGCCGUGAUGUCGGCGGCUGAGAAGAAGAUCCGUCAGUUCGAGACGCGGCUGAAGGUGGUGAACGAGUCACUGGCGCGAGUGAAGCAGUUCCUGGACAGCUACGCGGAGGAGCAGAUAAGUGAAGUUCCCCUCCGGUUGGGCAGAUUGGAGAAAACGCUCGAGACGUUUGAGUCGGUGAUGGCGCAGUACGAGCAGUUGGACGACACCGACGUGUUCGAGAAGGGCUGCUUGCAGCAGCGUGCAACCGUGGAAGAGCUGUACUUCAAGUGCAAAGCACGCCUGCUCGAGAAACUGCCUCCUGAGGAACCAAGACCCCCCGCGCCCAACCCUGAAACGAGUCGCCCUGCGCUGCUGUCUGGCCUGUCGAACGUGAAGCUCCCGACAAUCACGCUCCCGGAGUUCGACGGCGACUACAGCAAGUGGCUCACGUUCCACGACACGUUCCUCUCCCUGAUCCACUCGUCGAGUGAGAUCUCGUGCGUGCAGAAGUUCCACUACCUCCGGUCGUCACUUUUCGGAGAAGCUGCUGGCAAGGUCGCGAACCUGGAAAUCUCCGCGAAGGGAUACGCCAUCGCAUGGGAGACCCUCACCAAGUACUACAACGACAAGAACCUUCUGCGGAAGAAGCACAUCCGGACGCUGUUGAAGUACCCCAAGAUCCCCAACGACUCCGUUGAAGCACUGCACCGGAUUGUCGACGAUUUCCAGUGCCACACGCAGACCUUGAAGCAGCUUGGGGAACCGAUCGAGCAGAUGAGCUCGAUCCUGAUCGAGCUGCUGGAGGACAAGUUGGACGACGCUUCGCUGAGUGCGUGGGAGGAAUCGAUCGGCCAGAAGGAGGAGCAGUCAACUUUCAGCGCGAUGAUCGAGUUCCUGCAGAGGCGCGCACGAGUGCGCGAGACGAUCCAGAUCAACCGUCCGCAGCAGGUCGCACCGAAGUCCGGAAGCCACAAUCCCGCGCCCAAGAAGCCGUUCCAGACCCGCGUCAACUCGAACGCCGCAGUAGAAACCCCGCCCAAGACCUUCCCGCUGUGCCCCGCCUGCGACAAACAAAAGCACUCGAUAAUGGACUGCGCUGCGUUCAACGGCAUGAACGUUUCGGAGCGCAUGAGGGUGGUCACGGACAAGAGGCUCUGCAGUAACUGCUUCCGAAGCGACCACUUUGCCCGGAACUGUCGCUCGAAGUACCACUGCAAGCACUGCAACAAGCGCCACCACUCGAUGAUCCAUCCCGGCCCCGGAUUGCAGGACACGAACCCCAUCGUAGCCACCCCCGCAAUGAACCCCGCUCCCGUGAACGCCGCAACAAAGUCGAGCAGCGCCAGCGUGCUGCUGUCGACCGUGGUGCUCGCUGUUUUGGACAGCUACGGCAAAGAACACCUCGCCCGUGCCCUGCUGGAUACCGGAUCCCAGCCCAACGUGAUGAGCGAACACCUGUGCCAGCAACUUCACCUGUUCCGCAAGGUUGCGAACGUCCCCAUCUCUGGUGUUGACAGCACGAUCACGAACGCCAAGCACAUGGUCCGCACCGAGGUCAGAUCCCGUGUCAGCCGUUUCGCGGAGACUUUGGACUUUCUCGUGCUCCGCAAGGUGACCUGUGAGACGCCGCCCGUUACCAUUCCGAUCGCCCAGUGGAAGAUUCCGGAGCACCUGGCACUUGCUGAUCCGGAGUUCAACGUGUCGCGCAAGGUCGACAUGAUCAUCGGAGCUGCUCACUUCUACUCGUUCCUGCUCGAAGGCCGGAUCCGUCUGGCUGGCCCAGUCCCCCUGCUUGUCGAGUCCGUGUUUGGAUGGAUUGCGACGGGCUCAGUAGAGGUCAGCAACGAAGCGGAGCAGCAACCUACGGUAUCCUGUCAUGUGGCGACAGUGGAAUCCGUGGACAAGAUGCUGGAGCGGUUCUGGGCUCUCGAGGAGGUCGGCGUUUCGAACUACUCGGUCGACGAACACAAAUGCGAAGCUCACUUCAAGGAGACGGUUGCGCGCGACGAGAGCGGACGGUACGUGGUCAAGCUGCCGAAACACCCCGACUUCCAGCAGAUGAUCGGCGCGUCGAAGACGAACGCUGUCCGCAGAUUCCGGUGGCUGGAGCAGAAGCUGGAGAAACAACCUGAGCUCAAGCCGCAGUACCACGAGUUCAUGCAGGAGUACCUGACCCUGGGCCACAUGCACGCUGUUCCCGACGACGCCGAAGACGAAACUUCCCGAGCAUGCUAUUUGCCCCACCAUCCCGUGAUCAAGGAACAGAGCUCGACGACUAAAGUGCGCGUUGUAUUCGACGGUUCCGCCAAGACCAGCGCGGGACACUCCCUCAACGAUGCGCUUCUAGUCGGACCCGUGGUGCAGGACGAGCUCCUGGACACUGUGCUGCGCUUCCGGAAGUUCCCCAUCGCCUUAGUAGCCGACAUCGAGAAAAUGUACCGCCAGGUGGCGGUGCACCCUGAAGACCGUCCGUACCAGCGGAUUGUUUGGAGAUUCGACCCGGAGCAACCCAUUACCACGUACGAGCUGGCCACGGUGACGUACGGUUUAGCACCAUCGUCCUUCUUGGCCACGAGAACUUUGCUUCAGCUGGCAGACGACGAAGGCGCGCAGUUCCCCCAGGCCAGCGCGGCCAUCAAGAAGCACAUGUACGUGGACGACUUCAUCGGCGGAGCGUACACCGUAGACGACGCGAUACUGCUGCGCUCCGAUCUCUGCAAGCUGCUGCUGAAGGGAGGAUUCCAGCUGCGUAAGUGGUGUUCCAACUCGCUCGCCGUCCUGGCGGACAUUCCCAGCGAGCUCCUUGGAACGCAGUCGUCGUUGCAGUUCGACCCCGAAGAAACGAUCAAAACCCUUGGCAUCAGCUGGGAGCCCGAAGCUGACGUGUUCCGGUUCGUUGUCUCGGUCGUCUGGGACCUGUCCCCCACCAAGCGCAACAUCCUCUCCGUAAUCGCCCAGCUGUACGACCCCCUCGGUCUGAUCGCUCCCGUCGUCGUACUCGCCAAGAUCGUCCUGCAGGAGCUGUGGUACUUGGCACUGGAGUGGGACGCGUUGGUCCCCCCGGAGUUGCGCACAAGAUGGUUCGACUUUUGUGAAGGGCUUUCGCACCUGACCAACUUCCGCAUCGACCGCUACGCCUUCGCCCGCAAAUGCUGCUACGCCGAGCUCCAUUUCUUCUCGGAUGCGUCCGAGGUGGCCUACGGAGCAGUUGUCUACGUGCGCUCGGAGUCGCCGGACGGCAAGAUCAAGGUGAGCUUGCUAACAUCGAAGUCGAAGGUGGCCCCCCUCAAGAAGCGAAGCAUACCCCGCCUGGAACUUUGCGCAUUCUUUCUCGCCGCGCAAAUGUACGUGAGAGUCGUCGAAGCCCUGGACGUGAAGUUUGAAGACGUGUACUUCUGGACCGACUCGGAGGUGGUUCUGCAGUGGCUGAAGUCGGCGCCCCGAAGGUGGAAACCCUUCGUCGCGAAUCGCAUCUCGGAGAUCCAGAUCAUCACCCACGGCGCAAAGUGCCUGCACGUCGCCGGCAUGGAGAACCCUGCGGAUCUGGUGUCCCGCGGAAUGCCGGCGGAGAAGCUCGUCAACAGCCCCAAGUGGAAGUUCGGUGCCUCCUGGUUGGGCAAGCACAAGCCGUUGUGGCCCCCGCAGCGCGACCUCAAAGGUGCGCUCCCCAUCGAAGAGCAGACGGAGAAACCCGUUCUGGUUGUACAAACCGCCCCGCCCAACCGUGUCUUCACCAUCUUCUUCUCGUACCGACGCAUGCUGAACGCAGUGGGACUCGCCUUGCGUUUUGCGUCCAACUUUCGCAAGCCCGGCAAGCGGAACACGGACCGAGUUCUGUCGGUCGUCGAGCUGGAAGCCGCCAAGGUCGCACUCGUCAAGAUCGUCCAAGCCGAGACGUUCCCGGAGGAGCUCAAGCUGCUGCGGAAAGGCCGACCUAUCGCACCAAAAUCCCCUCUGCGCCUGCUCAACCCAUUCUUGGAUCAAGCUGGUGUGAUACGCGUUGGUGGCCGGUUGUGCCUUUCCGACGAGCCGUACGCAGUGAAGCACCCGAUGGUCAUCCCUGGCUUCCACCCAUUCACGCGGCUGAUGCUGACGUUCUACCACUUGAAGGUGAUCCACGGUGGCAUCACAAUGACCCUCGCCAGCGUCCGAGAUGAGUUCUGGCCGUUGAACGGCCGCCGCGCGGUGCGCAACGUGAUCCGCCGCUGUUACAGAUGCUGUCGAGCGAACCCCCAACCCAUCCAGCAGCCGAUCGGUCAGCUGCCCGUCGCCAGAGUCACCGCCAACGAAGCUUUCACCUGCACCGGCGUCGAUUUCUGCGGGCCGCUGUAUUUGAAACCUACGCACCGUCGCGCCGCGUCCCGCAAGUGCUACGUCGCCGUCUUCAUCUGCCUGAGCACGAAGGCCGUCCACCUGGAGCUUGUCAACGAUCUGUCCACGGCAGCGUUCCUGAUGGCUUUGACCCGGUUCACCUGGAGAAGAAGCAAGCCGAGUCACAUCUAUUCCGACAACGGGACCAACUUCAUCGGAGCCAAGAACGUGCUUCACCAGCUGUACCAGAUGCUGCAGCCGGGACCCGAAAGCGACAAGAUCGCCAAGCACCUGGCGGACGACGGCAUCCAGUGGCACCUGAUCCCCCCCCGCGCUCCCAACUUCGGCGGUCUCUGGGAGGCUGCUGUGAAGGUGGCCAAGAAGCAUCUCGUCCGGCAGCUCGGAAACUCACUGCUGUCCUUCGAGGAGCUGACCACGGUGCUCACUGCGAUCGAAGGCUGCAUGAACUCCCGUCCCCUUACCCGACUGUCGGAGGAUCCCAACGAUCUGUCCGCGCUCACCCCGGCUCACUUCUUGGUGAAGAAUAUGAUCCGCCCGCUUCCCGAGCCGGACGUGCGCGACGUACCGCUGAACCGGCUGAACCAGUACCAGCGCAUCCAGGCCUACUCCCAGCGUUUUUGGCACCGCUGGCGGAACGAGUACCUGAAGGAGCUCCAGACGCAGUUCAGCAACAACCCCCGGCGCUACAAUCUGGAUGUCGGCUCUGUGGUCAUCAUCAAAGACGAACUGCUUCCACCUGCCCGCUGGCCGCUGGCCCGCGUCCUGGAAGUGCAUCCCGGACCCGAUGGUGUCACCCGUGUAGCCACUCUGCGAACCGCCGGAGGAAUCCUGAAGCGAGCCAUUUCGAAAAUCUGCCCCCUGGAGUGCGCAGACGAAGCCGAGGAUGAAAAGUGAUUUUUUCUUGAAAUUUAGUUUGUAGUUUUCUUAGCAAUAGUUUAUUUUGAAAAUGAAUUUUCAAGGUGGCCGGUAUCAUGUUGGGAAUCAAAAUCGAAUUGUCCCUGUACCCGUAAACAGAAAAAGCGCACAGCGCUAUCUAGAUAGGUUGGUACGAAUGACAGUAGUAGGUGGCAGCGAGAACUGUCACCGACGGAUGAGGAAGGAAGAGGAGAAGGGAAAGGGAAGAAGAGGAUUUGUUUACGUUCACAAAUAAAAGUUUGAACUCGCACGGAGUAGUCGCGUUUGCCCUCAAGUUUUGCGCCGCGUUUAAUUUCACCCCGUUCGAUCUGCUACAGUGGAAAACAAUUCCCCCCGGUGAUUAAUCACCCAUCCCCGCUAGUGCUCACCGCGAACCCGUCCCGCAGUGCCCAGCUGAUCGUCAAUCUUCCAGCACAGUUCGGUGUGUGCCCCCCAAAAGUGCGCCACGCUGAAAUCGUCCGAUUGGACGUCUCCCACCGGAAAACGAACCCGAACGGUGAUAAGAUCACCUGGCCCGCCGUGUGUUGCCCCCGAUCCCGCCCCCGCAGAA